CCCACCCCGCCACGCGAGGCUGCGGCGCACGAUUAAAGAAUGUCACGGGUUCCAUUGGGGAAAGUCCUCCUGAGGAAUGUCAUCCGGCAUACAGAUGCUCACAAUAAGAUUCAGGAGGAAUCUGAUAUGUGGAAAAUCAGAGAACUAGAGAAGCAAAUGGAGGAUGCUUACCAGGGGACCAGAAGGAACACAGUACCCAGCAGCUCAAGUCGGAUGAGAAGUGAUGGUUUUGAUGAAGAAAGUCAGAGAGACUACUGGAGGCCAAGGAAUGAAAUUCCUGGGACCCUGGAAGAUGAUUUUCUUAAGGCUAAAUCCUGGAACAAGAAAUUAUAUGAUUAUGAAUCCAACAUGCCAGAUAGAUGGGGUCACCGUGGUUAUAAAGAGUUGUAUCCUGAAGAGUUUGAAACAGACAGUAGUGACCAGCAAGACAUUACCAAUGGGAAAAAAACAUCUCCCCAGGUAAAAGCAUCUGCCCAUGAAUCCCGAAAACAUAAGAAGUCAAAGAAAUCCCAUAAAAAGAAGCAGAAAAAACGGUCACACAAAAAACAGAAGAAAAACAAAAAGGAAGCUAUGGACAUAGCAGCAGAUUCCUCAAGUGAGUUCUCAGAAGAAACUGGAGCUUCUAAUACCAGGAAAAGGAAGCAACCACACAAGAGCAAGAAAAAAUCCAGGAAAAAGUCUCCUAAAAAAUCUUUACCUUUAGGGAGAGAAAGUGCUACUUCCCAGUCAGAUGAUUCAGCAGCUAGCAGUUCUGAGGAAAUGGAGGAAAGAGACACUAAGAAAACCAAAAGGAAAAAGAAAGAGAAAAGUGUUCAUGUUCCUGUGGCUAACCCUGAAGUGCAGGAGAGGACAAGCAAGCGCAGGAAUUGGAAGGUGGCUACGGAUGCAAGGUCUGCUGAAAGCUCCGAGGAUGACUGAGUGGGAAGGUUGCAGUCCUGCCUCCCACGGACUCUGGUCAUCUGCAGUUCUGUAUAAUGGGGGUUUGCCAGCAACUCCGACAGCACAGGAGUCGGAGGUCAGAGUUGGCCUGCCAUAGAUCCCUUUUUUCCCUCUUUUGGAUUGUUAGUCUCUCUCCCCUUUUGUUGUUAAUAGGGAAUCUGGUAUUUUGUUAAGGUUUCUUGAAGAGAUUAUUUUUUGCAAUUAAUUAUUUAGGGUAGAAUACCUAUACAGCAAAUUAAAGAACCCAGAAAGCUGAAA